CACACAACAGUACAGAAAAUACUCGAACAUUCUACACUAAAUUCCAACUUCACAACGUUGUCUUAAAUUAAUCACCAAACUUUUGAUCAACAGAACAAACAAAGAGAGUGUGAUAGUUAAGCUAUAGCUACACAAAUUCAAUGGCUUCUUCUAUUCAAUGUUUCUUGUCUCACCCUGCACUUACUACAAAUACCAAAUUCUCAUCACAACGCCAUAAGCCAAACCAGUUUCUUGUUUGCAAGGCUCAGAAUCAGAAGCAUGCAAUUGAUCAAGAGGAUGAUCAUUGCAGCAGCAGCAUAGUCUCUCGUCGGUUAGCUCUAACUGUUCUUAUUGGUACUGCUGCUGUUGGUUCUAAGGUCUCACCUGCUCAUGCAGCCUAUGGUCAAUCUGCCAAUGUGUUUGGAAAACCAAAGACAAACACAGACUUCCUACCAUACAAUGGAGAUGGAUUCAAAUUAUCAGUUCCCUCAAAGUGGAACCCUAGCAAAGAGGUUGAAUACACAGGUCAAGUUGUUAGAUAUGAAGACAACUUCGAUUCGACUAGCAAUGUCGUUGUCACUGUGACUCCAACUGAUAAGAAGUCCAUCACUGACUAUGGUUCACCUGAGGAAUUUCUUUCUCAGGUGAAUUAUUUACUAGGAAAGCAGGCCUUCUUCGGCGAAACGCAAGCCGAGGGUGGUUUCGAUCCGAACGCUGUUGCCACAGCAAACAUCCUGGAAAGUUCAACACCUGAGAUUGAUGGGAAAAAGUACUAUGUUUUGUCUGUGUUGACAAGAACUGCUGAUGGAGAUGAAGGUGGCAAGCAUCAAAUAAUUAGAGCAACUGUGAAAGAUGGAAAGUUAUACAUUUGCAAAGCUCAAGCUGGAGACAAGAGGUGGUUUAAAGGAGCAAGAAGAUUUGUGGAGAGUACAGCAAAUUCUUUCAGUGUUGCUUAAGAAAUUUAAGAGAGGAUUCUGUUAUAUGUGCUGCAUAUGUAAUUUGUAAAUCAACUUCAAGUGCUAUGUCUGUUUUGAGUUUUCUAGAGUCCCUUUUGUUAAUAAGUUUCAUUAAGUGGACUUGGUAUCAGGAUACUUAAUUUGCAUGGCAUUGUAAAAACAAACUCUAGUUUCUUUUCUAUUUUAAGAAUUUCAAGUUUCUUUUUGUUAAUAAAAAAAUGUUUAGAUGA